CAGUGACUGAAAAGUAAUCCAUCUGUGCAUGUGGUUUAUCGGGCAUCCAUCCAAAACGCGGUGGGCUGCGGUUAGUUGGGGCCGCACGGCUGUCAACUGGAAUUGGCUUGGCGACAACGCUGUGGGUUAUUCGGUGGUCUAUCCCCUAAAAAUGCCCCUGUCGCUCAAGCAUCCACCUUCAAGAUAGCGCAAAAUAUCAAUAUCUGCUUGAUGUUUGGGCCGUGGGCGACAUGCCCGAGUGCUUUGGCUGCCAUGCCUUCUAUAAACACGCAGAUGAUUUCUUACCCGCCUAGGUCUGGUUGCCUGCCUACCUAGUACCUACACACCUACAUACCCAGGCGCUCAUGUACAUGGGAAGAAUUCUCUGGCCAGUUGGCGGAGCCCCGCAUCCCCAAUAGCACUUCAGCCGGACAUGAAGGCCGACGGGACGGUCUUGAACACCUAUUGGACCUGGCGGAGAGGUUCACGACAGUUCCGACGAAGCGUGGCACAAGUCCCCAAGUCACCGCCCUUUCCAAAUCUCCAACGUGAGACGGCGGCUUGCUCCUGUGCGAUACGAUGAGAGUUGCAAUAUCAGCUCCUCGUCCUCGACGACAAGGGCCAGGAAGCAGAACCUGCCUACCCCAACAUGCUGCCUCACGCUUCACUAGUGACUCAACCCGACGGCUUGAAAGGGCGGUGUUGGUUACUUGGAGGCCUUGUGGGCAACCUAAGCACUCGGGCGCCUCCAGCUGUGGUUGGUUGGAACUGGUGGACUGGGACUGGGGCCACGGGCGACUUUCCGGAGAGGAAAACGGCAGGUCGAUAGGUGGCUGAAUGUGGCUGGCUGCUCGGUUCAUGUUGUCUCCACCCACAUGGCGACUUGUGUUGCGACUGCCUCUGAGAAAGCCUGGCGCCAGACCCGAACAGCAGUGACGGGCUGGGCUGCCUCCCGGAGUGCCUCAGUGUUGCCUGCCAUCAGCUGCUGCAGCACCCUUUCCUUAUUUGGGAUCACGCAUUGGGGUCGUUUUCACUUGCUCCUCCUCUUCCCCUCCUCAUUUUUAUCCUCCAGUCGCGCUACCUACUAGGUACCUCUGGAGCAGGCGGGACUUGAUAUAAACCGCCCAGACCAGCCUUCCUGCACAAUCGAAUUGGAUCGUCGUCGGCCUCGGUUGCUCAAUUCCACAAAACAUCACCGCUUGAGCGCUAUCUCACUGAUCCCCUGCCAAACCUACCCACACCCCCUCACACCCAGGCUCCAGGCGCAUCGAGAGACUACACGGGCGCAAGCGAUAAAAUACAUGGGAACGACUGAUGAGAACGAGCACGACUCGGUCGCAUUGAUCGCAAACUAGGAAGAAGAAGAAGCGCAAGAAAAAAAAGAAGUAAACCAAUACCUAGAAAGCGCAUCGAGUUGUAAGGUCAAGGCUCGACUGCGACCGCAGCUAUGAGGAUGGGAGAAAGCUCCCUGGUGGGAGGGACAGGGGAAGCGAGCGGCAGCGGCAGCGGCAGCAACAGCAGCGACCACCUUCAGGCUGGCGGCGACGACAGCACAAUCACGACGGCCGCCACGGCGACAACAUCGGCGACGGCGGCGACAGGCUCGGGCGCCGCGGACAGUCAAGCGACAACAACCAGCGCCAGCGCCACCGCCAGUACCAGCAGCAGUAGCAGCAGCAGCGGCAGACAAAGCACGGAUGCGGAGAACGUCGAGCGACGAGUCGGCGGCAACAGCGGCGGGCGGCCCGGCCGUGGGCCCCCAACUUCUCAUCUCGCCAGGCCUACGUCGCUGGGCGAGGCGAUGCGGGCACCUGGGACUCGCGCCCCCGACGUGCACGUAAUCGGCCAGAUGCCGAGUGACCUCAACGCGAGCCGCAAGGACUCGGUGCUGGACCCCAGAGAAGACCUUUGGCUGACCACGUUUGACGGCCGCUAUAAUUCGACCCUCAUCCCAAUCCAUGUGGGCGUCUAUCCCGAUGCCAAGACCUUCACGGUACACAAGUCGUUGCUCGAACGGGUUGACUUCUUUCAUAAAGCCCUUUGUGGUCACUUCCGCGAGUCCGAGACGCAGUCCAUCAGCCUCCCAGAGGAAGACCCUGCCAUUUUCCACCAUAUUGUCGCGUUUCUGUACGAGGGGCGCUAUGAGCCCAUCAAACCCAUCGCCUCGGAGCUGAUCCCCGAUGUCGACAAGGGAAAGGGCAGAGAGCCCGCCGAACAAAUGGAUACCGACUCGGACUCUGCCGAGAGUAUCCUGAGCAACAGCACUGCCCGUUCCCGUCGCCGGCGUGAGCGGCGGCGCAGGCGUGACGACCGCGCCUACGAAACCAUGCGCCAAAAGCGCCCCGGCGUGCAUCGGCCGAACUGCAACUGCCCUCAGUGUCUGAACGCUGGGGGCUCGCCCUGCUGGAACUGCAACGCCCCGCGCCAGCCUCCCCCUCCGGGCCCCCCGCCUCACAUCCUCCGGGCCGAGCGGGAGCGUGAGCGCCAGCAGCGGCACCGCCGCUACCGCCUCCAACCCAACGUCGUCAACGUCUUUCCGAAUGACGGCCCUAUGCCGCCCGUCGGCGGCAUGCGUCCCGGCUCGCCGCCGCCGCUCCCCGGAGGUCCCUCAGCCCUGGGCACCAUGGCCGAUCCCAACGGCGGCCGUAUCAAGGGGGAGGAUAUGCGGACGUGGCUGCUGACGUACGAGCUCAACAUUGACGUCUAUAUCUGCGCCAACAAGUACCUCAUGGACGGCUUGAAGCGAGCCGUGGCCCGGGCUAGCAUUGACAUGCUGGAGAGCGCCGGUUCCGAUGCGGCCCACCCCCACGUCCUGCAGCUUUGCCGCAGGCUUUACGACGGUCUGGGUACCGAUACGGAUCCUCUUCUGCGCAUGAUAUUUGCCCGUAUCGGCUUUCUCCAACCCGUCUUUAAUGCGCGCGGCGCAACGGUCGACGAGACGACGUGCUUUCUCCUUGCGAACCCCGACAUUGUCGCCCUCAUCUUGCGCGAGACGACGAGCCGCCGCGAGGAGGACCUGGGAUCUCGUGGUCUGCCGAGCAUGGAGCGCCAGUUCUACCUGGGAGGCGGUCCUGGCGCUCUCACUCCGGGGUCCGCAUAUGAUGGUGCUGGACACUUCUUCCAAGGCCGCACCACGUAUCACAACCACCAUUUCCAUGUUCCUCCGCGCCCGCCACGCUUCCCCUGAUUUCGACGUUGAACGUGUGCGCCUUGUCGCGGCCACUAGGAUCCAGAGACGUCAUGCUUGACCUCUCCUUUUUUUUCUUUCAAAAAAACAACAAAAUACUCGCCUUCCAACUGGGCAGUCACACGACCGGCCCAGCGCUAUGUUUUCUUCUUGCGGUCGAGGGAAUUUUGACUCGAGCUCAAAACGCGGCCGCAACCUGCGUUUUUCUUUCUUCAAAUUUCCUCACUUGGUGCUUUGUUUUCCUACCUGCCUUGGGAAUGCUAUGACUUCUAUGAUCUUGGUUUUUACCCGCCAUCUUCAGUUUCUCGUUAGCGAAGGAUGAAUAUCACGAUACCUCUCUGCGCUGGGUUUUGGCGCUGUUUGCCCUGCAUCUUUCGUGCCUGCCGUUCCUGACCCUGCGAUUGCUAUUUUCAUAAUUUCUGGAACUGUCUGAUUUAAUCCCGAAACCGCCUUUGCGUUCUUUUGCAAUAUGAUUGCGCCAGUAUUCUGGCCAUCUUUUACAAGUGAACACAGGCCACUUUCUCUUGACGAGGCAUACUGUCCAGCGGUGAUGAGUUCGAUUUAUCAC